AUGGCGAAGCCCGUCAGUCUGAAGAGAAGGUUCCAGGACGACGAUGGAAGCCACAUCGAGCUGAGUGGGCAAGAGCUGGCACAAUCAGAGACCGAAGGCGCUGCUCAAAAGCAGACAGAUGAGUUCGCAAAGGCCAUUGCGCAGGAGCACAUGCACGAGGUGCCGGACACUCACAAACCUUUUGUUGGAGCACAGCCUAAGCUGCUGAAAAUGCCAAGAAUAGCCGACAAUGAUGAAAGCUAUCGAGCAACCCGAGUUGCUUGCCAAGCAAUUUCCACCGCCAUCACCGGAGCUGAGGGCGUCGUGCUCGUUUUUGCACAGGACGCGUCCAUGUCCGGCGACUGCAGGGGCCUCUUGGAGCUCUGCGCUGAUUCUGCGGAUGCCAUCGAGAAGGCAAAAGUCCAUGUCGCACCUGCCGUGGACUGGCAACAUACCUUGCCAGCCACACAGAGCAAGUUUCAGCCCAUCCCGAUUGCAGCCGCCGGUAGUCGGCUAUUGAUUUACGUAGGCACGCCGGGCAAGUACGCGACAAUGUGCCUUCGAUCAGAUCAUGGUCAGUUCGAUGCUGCCUACCAGGCAGACCGACUCAUCGUUCUUUGCAAGGGAGUCUGCAUGCUCCCCAUUGGCACGCAAGAGCAGAAUAUUCUUGGCGUCGACGAAAAGGAGGUGCUGAAAUCAAUUUGCCACGAAGUAAAACUGAAAGGGCCUGUUGCCUGGGGUCUCGGAGCUGGAACCAAAACUUUGUUUCUGCAGAAGGCUUUUGGCUACCCGCAGGCUUUGGCGAUGCCUUCACAGCUCACUUUUGCAAAAGAGGGGACUGGAGGCUUCAAGUGCCUGGCCGACUACGUGAAACAUUCCAACGGCAUGAAGUUGGCGAAUCCUGAGACGACCGUGAAGAACUACUACGACACGGGUCUGACGGUCUCCGUCCUUAUGGCCACGGUUGUUUCAGAGGGCACUUCUCUUCUCACCGACGCUGAUGGCCUCGCCAUGCUGCGUGAUGCCAGUAUCGGGCACAUCAUGUCGAAGCUCAACCAGGUCAUCACUGUAGAAGAAUUGGCAAAGAAGAAGAGCGUCUACAACUUCUUCAUCGGUGAUGGAGCAUGCAGGCUCAAUGGAGGGACGGAGUUGACGCUGCACCUGAUGGAAGGCAAGUCGGCCAAUUCGUUGACAACCGUCUUCCUCUUCAACAACAAGGCCUGGGCCAUUGAGGACAACCUGGUGGCAACAAAGGAGCAGGAACACGUGCUCUACAACACACAAUUCUAUGAUGUCGUUGCCGAGCACCAGCGGAUGUGCAUUUGUGAAACGGAGCAGGACUUGAGGGAGAUCCUUGUCCACCUCAGCGAGAGGGCUUCCAAGUUCUUGGCUGGAGAAGCUAAACCAGGAAUGCACAUGGUCGUGGUCCGCGGAUUGAAGAUGAACCUGCCUCCAGUCAUCGGUGACAUCGAACCCAUUCGAGCAUCGCAGGAGAUGCGCUUUAUGCGAGAAGUUCUGGGAACCUUUGCAAAGGGCUGCGAGAACCGCGUUCCCCUUUACGGUUGCUCUGCGUUCGAAUACAUCCAGUACCUGCACAUAUUCUUGGAAGAAAUGCCAGAAGGCAAGCAGUACCAGUACAUUUGCGGCCGCACGGACAUCCAGGCGGCACACAUGAUGGGUUUCCACCAGCCAGAAGGCAAGUGUGUCCUUUUCAUCAAUGACGUCUACGGCGUGAACUCACUCGGGGAGAGCCUGCGCUUCGUGCUGAGCGGCUUCGGCGGUCGGCAGGUCCUGGUGGUGGUUUGGCACCCUUCCGUGCUCAAGGUCAUUGACAACUUCCAUUUGCAUCGGCCGCCCAUGGUCUGGCCAUCCUUGGGCCCCCAACUGGCUCGGUAUUACGUUCGAAAGGAAUCUGAUGCAUUUUUUGCGGACUUCGAGGGGGAGUCUAGAUCAACAGAGCGUGUGAAGGCAGCAAUCGAAGCUGGCACACCUCUGGUUAUGGUCAAUGUCAUGCCUCAACAGGAGUGCAACUAUGUACAGCUCGACGCGCGCAUCAAGAUCAAGGAUUGA